CAGUGCCAGGCAGUGCCAAGCAGUGCAAAGAACUGCCACGCGAUGAUCCGUAGCCAUUUUGUCUCAAGCCUCGGCUCGAGUUCCAAGCCCAGACAUGCGACGUCCCGAUUUGUUCAAUCGCGCUGCGGCAGGUGCCCCCCCACAAUGGGGUGGGCGGGCGGCGGGCCCGCCGUGGCGCCCUCCGCGGGGGCCGCCGCCGUCGGCGCGGGCCCUGCCCACGGGCGGCCGACUCCGCGGCGCGGCCUCCGCCGGCGGCGCCCCGCGGCGGCCGCGGCGGUGGCCGCGGCGGCGGCGGGCCGCGGGCUGGCGUGCCUGUCGUGUGCGCCCAGGACGCCAGCGGCGGCCGGCGGCGCCCUCGCAGCGCCGAAGCCCCUGCGGAUAGUGGCGCUCAGCGACACACACGGCUUCCAGGGCAGCCUGCAGGCCGAGGACAUCCCGAGGGGAGACCUGCUCGUGCACUGCGGGGACUUCUCCCCGGACUGCCCUCGCGAGAGGCGGCGGAGCGAGCUGGAGCGGUUCGACCUCUGGCUCCGCGACGUGUGCCUCUCGCGCUUCCAGGGCCGGCGGCCUCUGGUGGUCCGAGGGAACCACGACCCCGGGAUGCUGCAGAGGUUCCUCGCCCGCGCCAGGCUCCCCGCGGGCGAGGAGUGCCUGGUCUUCCCCCAGAGCAGGGCCCUGUACCUCACGAGGGACUGCUACUUCGAUAUCGCGAACGGCACGGUGAGGGUCGCGGCGCUGCCCUGGAGACCGCCGCUGCUGGGGAGGCGGGAGCUCCGCGAGAGCGUGGACGUGCUGCUGUCACACGCGCCGCUGCUGCGGCCGCUCGACCGGGAGGCGCUGGCGGCGCCGCGCCGUGGGCCCAAGGUCCACAUCUGUGGGCACGUCCACAUGGAGGCGGGGAGCCGCCUCUGCCGCUUCGGCGACGACGGUGCGACGGUGUUGUGCGUCAACGCCGCAAUGGCCAACGAUGGGAUAGCUGCCAGGCUGACGCGGCCCGCGUCGGUUGUUGAGCUGCUGGUGGGGCCUGCGGGGGUGAUCUCGGCACCAUCGAUCGGUUUCUACCUACACGGGGGCAGGUUUAGAAUCCAGCAGCAGUGGAAACGGCGCUGGGGCGAGAAGUUUGUCCUGGGCAUGAUGUUCACAUGUCUCACGCGUUCGGAGCGCAGCGGCUUCGGCUGGCUGCGCCGCUCCGCCAAGCCGAAGGCGCUCCCGCUGGAGGAGCUGCUGGCGGAGGGCGGCGGCCCCGCCGCGGCCUUCGCCCGCGCCGUCGCCAGCGAGCUCGCGGUCGACGCCCCCGAGGGCCUCUUCGACGGCGUGCCGGGGGUGAAGGUGCCGCCGCCUGGGGUGCCGGUGGCCAUGCGCGCCGCGCUGUUGCACGCUGCGGUCAAGGCAGAGGCCGAGAGCAUCGGCAAGGUGGAGCGGGCCGAGGGCAUCAUCAAGGUGGCCAAGGCCAUGGUCGUGGUCAUGAUAGACGCGGCCGAGGCAGAAAAGGAUAAGGAGAAGCGCCUCGCGGUCCUGGACUCCCUUGUGCUGUACCUGAGCAGCGCUGAGCAGCUCUGCGAGGAGCUGGCGCCCGACGUGGAGGCCGAGAAGGUGGCGUACGAGGGCGGCCUGAGGCCGAAGAAGCUGGAGGAGCUGUACGUGUCCUACCUCGACAGGUCCGUGGCCGAGGUGCAGGAGCAGAGCGCGGUUGCCAUGGCGGCGAUGUGGGGCGGCGCGGGGGAGGACUCCUCCGCGAUGGCCGCCAUGGAGGCCAGGAUGGCGCAGAGCGAGCGGCGGCGGGAGGCCCUGGCGGCCGUGUGCGGCGUGCCCGAGGACAAGGCGCAGAAGCUGCUGGAGAAGAAGACGCAGCAGGAGCUGCUCGCUGGGCUCGGCAACCUGGGAGACCUGGGGAAGCUGGCGGACCUCGGCGCGUCCUGA